AUGGAGUUAUCAGCAGCACAGCUUUACGAAGCUGUUGUUUCCAAAAUCAAAAACCAGUACCGUCUCCCAGCGAGACAUCUGCAGUCCAUCAAAGCCAAGGUUGAAGAGAUAGCCAAAGAUACAACUCAUUUCUCGUCUUUAGAAGUGGAGUGCCUCAUUCGCCAGUUCUACAUUCUGCUCGGACAACAACCACCGAAGACCAAAGCGAUUCAAGGCAUGGACAAGCAGCAGUUCUUUGUGGUUUUGAAGAUUCUCUUUGGAGUGGACUCCAAGCACAUGAUCGACUACAUUUUCUCCACGCUCGACCUCAACAGAGACGGAUACAUCGGCGAUAACGAGUGGGUGCAGACCUUGGGCGUCUUCCUACGUGGGAACUUGGAAGAGAAAAUCAAGUACACUUUCGAUGUGUACGAUUUGAACGGCGAUAAGUCAAUUUCGAAAGAGGAAAUGCUUUACAUGAUGAAAGGAGGAAACACGGCCAAAUCCAAAUACGAUUGGGAGAUGGAAGACCUCUUGGACAUCACCUUCAAAGCCGUAGACCGCGAUCACGACGGCUUUCUGUGCUAUCCAGACUUUCAACAAUCCGUUAUAAUAAAUGACAUGUACUUGCAAGCUUUCGGAAAGUGCAUGCCGGAUGAGUUUGAUGUAGUAGCUUUUGAACAUCACCUGCAGGAGCUUAAAGUGGUGGUGAAAGCCAGAGGGAAGGGAGAGUACAAUAUUCCCAGGAAGGGCUGCCUGCUGAACUGCACCACUCACCUGCAAUUGACGACAACCUUUGAGAAACUCUCUGGGUUUUUGCCUUGUGCAAUGCUGCAAUGGUCCCACACUGCUCCACCAACUAUCCAACCACAAACAUUAAACGGUGAACGAGUGAAGAGGUUGUUUGGACCUGGAUUUAGCACGUCUAAAUGUUAA